AUGGCGUGUGCGUACAGUAUUCUUCAGCAGAACCUGGCCCAUACUCUUAUUCUCAUCGACCGGAACAGCGAUAAAUUGAAGGGCGAACUUAUGGAUCUUGGCCAAGCUGUUGCCUUUACUAUUCCAUGUAAAGUUCACGCGGAUUCGGAUUACGCUAUUUCCAAGGGCUCCAAACUUUGCAUAAUUACGGCUGGGGCCAGGCAGCAGGAGGGAGAAUCCAGAAUCCAUUUGGUGCAGCGGAAUGUGGAGAUUUUCAAGGGCAUCAUCCCCGAGCUGGUCAAGCACUCGCCGGAGACUUGUAUUAUGGUGGUGUCGAAUCCAGUUGACGUCCUCUCCUACGUAGCCUGGAAGCUUUCCGGUCUCCCCAGAGAACGAGUCUGGGGUUCAGGGACGAACUUGGAUUCCGGCAGAUUUCGUUUUUUACUCUCCGAACGCCUGAACAUCGCCCCGGCCAGUUGUAAUGGAUGGAUUAUUGGGGAACAUGGAGAUUCGUCAGUUGCCGUCUGGUCGGAAACAAGCGUAACCGGGGUCAGCCUGACCGAGACCGUGCCGAUUGGAACUGCUCAGGAUGAGGAUAAUUGGAGGGAGGAGUUGCACAAGAAGGUGGUGGGCAGCGCCUACGAAAUCAUCAAGCUGAAGGGGUACACCUCGUGGGCCAUCGGCCUCUCCGUUGCCAAUAUCCUGCACGGGAUGGUGACGAACGGGCGGGCCGCUUUUGCUUUGUCCAUUAAUGUGAAGGGCGUUCACGGGAUCAAAGAUGAUCUUUUUCUCUCCCUUCCGGUGAUACUUGGCACUAAUGGCGUCACGCAUAUCAUCAGGCAGAAUUUGAAUCCACGAGAGCACGAACUCCUCAAAAAAUCAGCCUCCACCCUGCUCGACGUCCAGAAUUCGAUCAAUAUU